CUCAUUUAAGAACGCGGACGGAGCGCACCAAGUACUCAGUGGACUCGUCUGCUAAUAACCAGGAAACUAAACAACAAUCAUCAGCUAAAGAACUAAGGAUAUUCCUUCUUUGGAAAGGAGCACGAGGAGUUAUCCCCGUCAGAAGAGCGUCCCGUGAUCCUCUGCAAAAUGAGCCUGAGCACCAGCGAACUGGAGGACCUGUGGGAGUCCCUGACCUCCAAUGACUUCAACAUCUCCGAGCACCUGGGCAACAUCUCCAGCGUGGACACGAUAGUCUGCGCCACGGCCUUCAACCGCAGCGCCCUCCUCACCUCCAUGUGCGUGCUCUACUCCUUCAUCUUCGUCAUCGGUCUGGCCGCCAACGCCUUAGUGCUUUGGGUGAACAUCCGUGCCCAGCGUGACUCCACCCCUCGCCAUGAGACGCACAUGUACAUCGCCCACUUAGCCGUCGCCGAUCUGUGCGUGUGCGCCACUCUGCCCAUUUGGGUCAGCUCCCUGGCGCAGCACGGUUACUGGCCAUUCGGAGAGAUGGCAUGCAAGCUCACACACCUUCUAUUUUCGGUCAACCUCUUUGGCAGUAUCUUCUUCUUGGCGUGCAUGAGUGUUGACCGCUACUUCAGUGUGACCACGCACAGCGACAAUGACGGAGGAGCGAAGAGGAAGCUGAUUCGCCGCGCUGCGUGUGUGGGGGUGUGGCUGUUGGCGUUUGUGGCCAGCUUGCCCGACACCUACUUCCUGCGCACGGUCAAAUCUUCACAUGGAGAUCUGAUGCUGUGCCGGCCGGUCUACCCAGAAGAAAACCCAAGAGACUGGAUGGUUGGAGUCCAGUUGAGCUUCAUCCUGCUUGGCUUCGUCCUCCCGUUCCCGGUUAUUGCUGUAUUUUACACUCUUUUAGCGCGCACAUUCAGACGCUCUUCUUCUACAGCGUCUACCAGUGUGGAGCAAGAACGCCGCAUCAGCCGUCGAGUGAUCCUAGCUUACAUCAUAGUCUUCCUCGGGUGCUGGGGCCCCUAUCACAGCGUCCUCUUCGCAGACGCUCUCACCCAACUCGGCUUGCUUUCCCUCACCUGCAGUCUGGAGAAUAUCCUCUACGUGGCGCUACACCUCACCCAGUGCCUGUCUCUGCUCCACUGCUGUUUCAACCCCAUCCUCUACAACUUCAUCAACAGGAACUACCGCUAUGACCUCAUGAAGGCGUUCAUCUUUAAAUACUCCACACGGACAGGCUUGGCGAGGCUGAUCGAGACCUCAAAUGUGUCUGAUACAGAGUACUCGGCAGUCGCUGUGGACAAUCCUCCCCAAAUCUAAAAAGACUAAAAAAAAACUACCUUCCAACUAGCAUUUCAUUUACACUGUCAAAAUCAUCAGUGACUUGUACAGAGAAUGACUGAAUUGACUUUCAAUUCUUGAAAACUGGAUAUCCGACUGAAUCAGAAGCACUUAGAAGGCAGUUAAGCUAAUAAAAAUCUGAUGUCACUAUAAAACAGUGACGUUGUAUGUGUACAUUUUUGUGUGAUUGAAUGUUAGCCUUUGGACUUUGAAAGUAAGAAGAAGGUUUUUGCAUAUAUGUAUUCACUUGUAUUUAUAUGUACCUUUUAUAGCCAAAUUUGUAACACUGACUCUCAACAGUGCUCUACUCCUUUCUCUUACAGUAGCUGCCUCAUUUCGGUAGAGCCACUGCUUAGCUCGGUGUUAUAGACCUGCUGUUCUCAACAACCUCAUAUUACCUAGUAUUUCAUAUGUAAAUUAUUUCUCAGAGCUGUGUGCAUUCUAAAGGAAAGUCACAUUUUUGGCAAAGAAAAGAGGAAAAUUUAAACUUCCUCCUAAUGCUGGGAGGCAUCCGCUGGAACUGCUGAACUUAUGGUCAAUCUGCAAAUAAUAUUUAUAUGCAUGUGGUUUGAAUCUCGCAGGCCACUGAUAGCUUGAACUCUUUUCAACCAAACAUCAAGAAUGAAUAGCUUUACCAUUCGGGCGUGCAAUUGCCAAGUGUUUAUUGAGGACCAAAUAAUGAAAACAUCUCGGAAUAGUUCAAAGUUGUGGGUGUGGUCAUGCUCAAAAGGCUCAAAAAGCUGGCGUUUUAAGAGUUGUAAACACAAACAUUUGACAGUUUACCCACUGUGUGUAGUAGGAGGAAGGCAUGUCCUUUUGAUUUGUGGACAUAGAACAUUGUGUCAUCAGAUUGGAUACACAUGUCCACUUUUACACUGAAACAAUCUGAUGUUGUGAUUUGAAAAGACAAGAACAGAUCAUUCCCUUUUGUACUGUAAUGUAUAACAUGUGUUUUUUAUAUAUUAAAUACUGAAACUGA